AUGGCAAGCGAUGGCGCUGCGCAGGAGACAGAGUCUCGCCCCGAUUUAACGCAGGUAGCGGACUCCUCUACGGGUGCUCUACACGUUCUGCCUACUGAUUACAUCUCCGCUCUGGCACAAUAUGGCAGCAUCAGCGGCGCGUCGGAGUGGUCGCGCUGUGACAAGCAGCCCGGAGCAAGCGCCUCCACCGAGAGGAUCUUUUGCGACUCUGGCACGUUUGCCCAGUCCAGCUACGAGGGAGCUCUAUACCAGGCUUUCGAGCCCUCCGCCUGGCUGGUGGAGUCCGAGGUUCUGAAUCGCACCCACCGCUACUGUCUCACGGGGAAGCCGGUGGUGCUGCCGGCUGAGGAGCGCUGCGACGCAUGUCUGGGCCUGCUAAUCGGUGAUGUCUGCCGCUGCUCGGCGUGCGAGGUGGUGGUACACCAGAAUUGUUACGGUCCCGAGUCAAAGAGUUGGGAAUGGUACCAGGGAAUAUCGCAUGAGCUGCUUCCGCUAACGCGUGGUGGCGCCCGAUCGGAUCAUCUAGGAACCAGCACGACUCUGCAGUCGCCAUUCGAGUCACCGAAGCGUCGUGUUGAUUUAUACGGCACGAAUAAACCAAACGAAUCUGAGGGACCCACUGUACACUUUAGUGACCUUCCCACCGAAUACAAAGAAAUCAAGUGCGAUGUUUGCAGCGCUGAGGACCUAAAAGACACUCCGAAAUGCACACUAUGCGGGCUCUCUGGUGGUGCCAUGCGUCAUUCGGCCGACUGCAACAGGUGGGUACACUGCAGCUGCGUGGCCUUCGCACCAGAAUCGUCCGGUAUAACUUUUAGGCGCCCGCUUCGUAUGCGCGAACCAGAGGGCGUCCAGGCUUUCGUCGCACAGAUGACAUCGAGCAACAAUUCGUGUGACGCAUGCGGCAGUUCGGACGGUUUGGUUAUGCCAUGUUCGUUUGCGAAAUGCUGCAAAUAUGUGCACGCUCGCUGCACGAUGUUCUACAAGGGUUACGGUGGCUGUGCCUUCUCCGAUCAGGUCUACUAUAUGUUGGAUGAGCGGCAGCAGUACUUCGACUUCUUGGGGACGUUCUGCGCAGAGCAUUCGAACUACGACUACGUAGUGCUGGGCAUACAAAUGUACCUACGGCGCCGCCAGGUACUGCGUGAACAGGGAUCGAGUAGUUAUCGCAAAUACCAGAACGAGGUGGCGGACAUCGUCCGCAUGGCCUCGGCAGUAACGGCAUCCGCCCUCCACGACGACGAUGAGGACGAAGCGACGGAGGUGCCACCACCAGAGUUGGUGCUGCACGUGGAGCCUCACAUAAGCGUUCCCUCUGAGGAUGAGGACCUCAGCGAUUGUGAAAUGGACGAUGAGGAAUCCGAGCUGGCAUGUGACCAACGGUCGCUGGACGACUGGAAGGAUUACUUGUUGAGUUCGGAUGCCGAAAAAGGCGACACUUACGAGAUUGCCGCCAUUGAGAACUUAGAGGGCGAUGAGAUAGACUUGAACAUACCGAUAGAGGCAGCGUCUCCGUGCAACGAAGUGCCGGUGGUAGAGGUACAGGCGGCUGCCGGGGAUGCUGGAUUAGACGGCAGCGGAUCUCAGUUCCGUAGCCAGCGUAUGAUGUGGCAGAAAUUUGACAUCUUCCGGCCGCUGCCCUACGGCCCCGCAUCCGACGGCCUACUGGCCAACAUGGACCAGAACUCCCGCAAGAAAAGUGUGGCCGAAUACUCGCGUCUGGAGGACACCGUAUUGGCGUGUUCCGAUUUCCUUGAGCCGAGGGAUUUGAGUGAAAUGUUUCUGCAACAAAUCCUGUUUGGCUGCCGUGGGGUGAUGGACUUGCUGCAGUCCCUGAAGGACGACAUCGACCAGGAGUUGCAGUCAUCGCUGAAGGCCAAUAACGGCUUACCCCCCGACGAGCGAAGACACUCACGGUUCCACGUGCUCGUCGACACCGGCCGGACUGCUGGUGUGUUGAUUUUUAAAGUGAACAAAUGGCUGCUCGAAGUUUUGCAGGCCGACGCUGCCUUGACGGAGCGCACCGACAAGUCGGCCAUUUCCGCUGCUGGCAUAGCCCUUGACGAAGAGGUGCGCCACUUCCUAUCUCACGUACAGAGUGAAGUGGUGCGCAAUACAUACUCGAACACGUCGUUUUACACGAAUUCCGGCGUGUUGAAGGAAAUCGACUUCUCUAGCGGUGUCGGUGAGUAUGGCUUGCGCGACGAUAUACGCCAGCUCCACCUAACGGUUAACGCCGUGACCAGCGAGAGCGAGAUGUCCCGCAUUCGUCGCAAGAUGCUCAAGAAGGGGAAGGGUGACCCUUCUCUAAACAGCAUGGAACUUGAAAAGUAUGUCAUCCUCAAUCCUAUGGAGAGUGAGUUGCUGCGGCGCUGCGCCUUCGAGAUGAGCCACGCCAAUGACGCCAACAUAAAGCUCGCGGUGUUGAAAAAUACCGUAGACGCUUCCGUAAACACCAGCUGCCUGCAGAUGAUCGACUGGUCGGCUGUGGUAUCCAAAAUUAAGACGUCGACCCAUCACACCGGUGGCAGCAAGGGCGGUUCCAAGGGGUCCUCGCGUUCAUCUCACUCGUCAAAGUCGUCGCGAAGUUCACAUGCGGAUAGCGGCGGGAAUUCCCAAGGCGCGACGGUUGUUACGGACCCAAUGGCAGCCGGCGCAUCAGGCCGCACCUCCGUAGGAGCGGCUGGGGCAUCGACUCCGACAUCGACCAAUGAUUCGAGCGUCACGUUACCACCAGUUCCCAUGGUUUACUUGGGCAAACACACGUGGCCUGUGGUGGACGACACGAACUUCGUGAGACGCCAGAAGGAAAUUACGGAGUGUGACCUCAGCGUAGUUUCAUCUCAGUUGCGUAAAAUUCGUGAGAAUAUCCGUGAGAACGUCUUGGAGAUGAACUCUGGCCCACCCACCAUGAACCAGCGGCUGGGAUAUGCCACCAAGUUGCUCGAACAGUACGAGUCCAUGGAACGUUGGACCACUUUGGUGACAAACUUCUGCCGUGGUAUCUGCGACUCCCAGGACUCGAUGACCCCAACGGCUGCGUCGUCCGCCAGGAUGCAUUCACCCACAGUGGUGACUCCCAACACACCAGACAUGCGCAAUGCGGCCAAAAAGGCUGAGGGCAUGGCCGAAGGCGCCUAUUGCAGUGUGUGCUUCGUCAACAAGGGCAACAACCUCAACCCGAUCUACACGUGCUCCCGCUGCUUCAUGUCAGCGCAUCGCAACUGUUACGGCGUUAGCCGCGCAGGUAAGGAAUCCGACAACAGCGACUACAUAUGCCGUCGAUGUGAAUACGAGCGCCGCACCAUGGGUGGGCAGUGGCAGACCGCCUUCCGAAGCUGCAGCAUCCUGUGCAGCAUUUGCGGCCGAGGUGGCGGCGCGUUGAAACGUUGCGACGUUGACGAGUGGGCCCACGUCUUCUGCCUAUUGUGUCUGAUGCCGGAAACCGAGUGCAGCAACUACACCGCAAUGGAGCCGUGGACGUUGGCCGGCAUUGCGAGGUGGCGGCGCGAGACAAUGUGCUCGAUUUGCGGCGUUGAUUGGGGCUACGUGUUGCGCUGCAACGACUGCGAAGUGGCCGCGCACCCCCUAUGCGCGUGGUUGCACGGGUAUCAUGUGUACGCGACCUCGUCCGUGGGCUAUCCGGCGCAUGACUCCCAGAACAGCGGCUUGAUGCGUGAACUCCGUGUGCGCGUGCAGUGCAACGCACAUGACGAGUCUCGUCAGUGGCAGCAAUUCGUGUCGACCCGGAACAAGCGCUUCCUGAAUCGCGACACGGCAUACUGGCUCUUUGAGGGCUGCGACAAGCGGAGAAAGUCGCGUGCUAUGUUUUUGGAGUCUAUCAUAUCUUCCGAAUCUAUAGAGACGGGAUCAGUCGCCGCGGAUCCAACCGAUCCAGUCUCAAUCCCAGGCGACAGACGCUGUGGAAUAUGUUUCGGCACUGGAUUGCUGACUGAAUGCAACCACUGCCAUGCACGGGUGCAUUACAACUGUUACGUGGAGCAGGAUGCGAAGGGCGCAAGCAGCCUUUUAUCGGAUAAGCUAAACUCCACUAAAAGCAUGACCUGCGACGUCUGCCGCAACGGCGAUGAUGGCGCAGUCUGUGCGAUUUGCCGCCUUGCGACUGGUCUACUGAAACAGGUUCCGACGGCGCGUGGUAGCGGAGACACCCAUCGUCGCUACAUUCACGCCGUAUGCGGAGUGUGCUUCCCAGAAGUGCUGAUUCAAAUGUACAAAGGCCAACACGCCGGUAUUGGGGAUACUCCGAAACGUGCUUGCACUGCAGUUGGCGAGGCCAACGGGGCAUCGCUCUGCGCAUGCUGCCGGUCACCUGAAGGACUCAUGGUCCGCUGCUUCAAAGAGGGCUGCAAUGUCGUCUUCCACGCCAUUUGCGGCAUGAUGAAUCGCUACGUGGUGGAAUCGCACAGCAUGGACAUCGCAGCCGGUCCGCGGCACGUGGCGUUCUGUCAGCAGCACUCACUGCUGUCGCGCAGCGUCGGUAACAACAUCAAGCUGAUGCUCCGGCUGCGACCAGUGCUGAAGCUGCUGAGCGAGGCGGUGGAGGACCUGGCGUCGCAGGACAUCAUGAUGCGCGCUUGGUACCGGAAGCGUCAGGAGCUGCUCAACGCGGAGUGCCCGCUGGGCUCCCUGAUUCAGAAACCGGUGAACAAAUCCUAA